AUGAGCGCGCUCAUGUUCUCAAAGGGGGAGUCGGCACAUAGGAGAGGUGGCAGGAGGAGGUCAACUGAAAAGGGCCCCGUGGUCCUUCAGGUACAGACGGGACGAGUCCAGUAUAGGCCCCACCAGUGCUUUCAUGCAGUACGUUAUUUCCGUAUUGCUCGUGUUGUCUUCCAGAGCCUGGAGGACCAUCACCUAGAAGUGGUAGCAUUCUUCCGGGAAAACGGAUUCCACGGCCUCCUUGCCCACGACUCGGAGUACGCGCUCUACAACAUCCCAUCCUACUACAGCUCGCAUGCACUGAGACUCAGCUGGAAUGGCAAAAACCUGGUCACCCACCAGUUCCUCAUGCAGGAAGUUGCCAAGCAGCUGGGCCUGAAGCGCAUGAAUUUCCCCAUCUUUGCUGCCCUGCUGGGUAACCACAUUCUCCCAGACGAAGACCUGGCUGCUUUUCAUUGGGGUCUAUUGGGCCCAGAACAUCCUCUAGCCUCCCUGAAGAUUCGCACAAAUCAAUUGGUUCUGCCCCCCUGUGACGUGGUGAUCAAGGCCGUCUCUGCGUAUGUCGGUUCUAUCAAAGACCCUUCGAACCUGGAUGUAGUUGGGAAGGAUGUUUUCAAAUACUCACAGUCUAGGAAAGAAGACAAAAUCGAGCGGUUCAAGAAAGCAGUUGAAUACUACUCGGUUGCAACUCAAGUCCACACAUUGCCGAUGGGCCCAUCAUCGCUGCUAGCAUUUGGGCCCCAUCAGUUUGGAGCCCCUCCCCUCCCCCAAGAGCACAUGGGCGCCGUCUCUGCUGGAGAGCCCUUGUUUCCUUGCCAGGUGCCACUGUCUUUCCAACCGGGAUCCAGUUCUGCUCUCUUUUUCCCCCCUCAUCAUCUGGGGGAAUUUGUUCCUUUUCCUGAGAAACCUGUGAUGAGAUACAGCCCUUUCUCCAGCUGGUCUCUCUCCUAUGAUUCCUCAACAUCCACUUUUCAGAGUCCGCUGACCUCCAAGGCCUCCAUGCGUUCAGGUUCUGCCAGUAGUACCAGUUCAAAUCAUGUCAGUGAGCUGCUGGAGCGUAAGACAGCCUGGGAGGAUGCCUAUGAUGACAAAGGGCUCCACAGCUGGGGGCAGCCAGUCCCCAUCAGGGAUUCGGAUGCUAUCCUGGGCAGUGGAGAGCCCCACAUCCCAUCUCUGCUCUCCAUGGCAACGAGGAACCACAUGGAUAUCACCAUUCCGCCCCUGCCACCAAUAGCUCCAGAGGUCUUGCGAGUUGCUGAACACCGACACAGGCGCGGGCUGAUGUACCCUUGUAUCUACCAUGUCCUUACCAAGGGUGAGAUCAAGAUCCCCAUGUGCAUUGAGGACGAAUGUAACCCUGAGCUGCCCCCAGCUGUCAUCCUUUUCCGGCCUGCCCGUCAGUAUGUGUAUGGAGUCCUCUUCAGCCUGGCAGAGACCCAGAGGAGACUGGAGCAUCUUGCCAUCCGCAGGCAACUUCCGGUGGAAAUUCCUCCUGUCCUUCUGAAAGAGUGGUCCUCCUACAAAGGGAAGUCCCCUCAGAUUCCUGAGCUGGUGCCCGCGCUCAUCUUUCGGGAGUGGACGUGCCCACACCUUAAGAAGCUGUGGCUAGGCAAGGCCGUGGAGGACAAGAAGCGAAGAAUGAGAGCUUUUCUGGCCUGCAUGAAGUCAGACACACCUGGCAUGCUCAACCCAGCUAAUGUGCCCGCCCACCUGCUUCUCAUGUGCUGUGUGCUGCGUUACAUGAUUCAGUGGCGGGGGGGGCGGCUCCUGCAUCUCCAUGAGCUGGAUGCCUUUCUGGCCCAGGCGGUGUCUGCUCAGCUCUACGAACCAGACCAGCUUCAGGAGCUGAAGAUUGAGAAACUGGACGUGCGGGGAAUCCAGCUCGCUGCCCUUUUUAUGAGCGGGGUCGACACCGCUCUGUUUGCCAACGAUGCCUGCGGCCAGCCAGUCCCUUGGGAACACUGCUGCCCCUGGAUCUACUUUGAUGGGAAGUUGUUUCAGAGCAAGCUGAUUAUGGCAGGGAGAGAACGAGCAGCACUGAUCGAGCUUUGUGAUGGCCAGACUGAACAGGUGACUAAAGUUGAAAAGAUGAGACAGAGUAUUCUGGAAGGAAUCCAGCUGCAUAGCCAGCUACAGUCUCCCUUGGUGCUACCCAUGAGGCCGCCCAUAGUGCCACCAUUUUACCUUCCGCCAGCCUUUACUUCUACAGCACCUCCUGGGUUGGGAAGGACUCGGGCUUUUGCAGUGUAAUCCAGUGGCACUGGCCUUCUGGCUGUUCCUCGGACAC